GAUUUAGUUCCACUUAGAGAGUAGUCGAUUCUCUUGCUUUCAUUCGAUUUUCACAAUUUUACCAGAAACUCAAAUUUAAGAGAACAAAUUUCUGAUUCUUCAUCAUGUGGAAAUGUUUUCGGUCAACACUUUUAGAUCAGAAACGAUGCGCGGAACCGGUGAAAUUGUUUUUAACAAAACGUCUGCUAUCUGAUGAUGGAGAGCUCACCAAGAGCGAUGAAAUUAAGAAUCGUUCAGCCUGGUCGCAACGCAUUCAAAUGCUAGUCGUGAAACGCGAAAAGCUGCAAGAGAUGAGCGACGAUAUCCAGAGGCAACAAUCCGAUAUUGAGGUUAGAUUGCGUUUGAAUGAGCAGCAGUUGAAGAAAGCGACCGAUGAAUAUAAUAAGUUGAAUCCAACUUCAGAUGAUUAAACUCCACAGUUGAGUGUUAAUAAAUUAAAUUGAAAUUUGUUGAAUUAAA